AUGGAUACUGGAUCAUCCGUGAGCCUGAUACAUCGGGAUCUGAAGGAGGAGUUACAAGUGAAAGGAUCCCCCCGACCAUUUUCUCUAGCGUGGACUAACGGCUCAAUUCAGGAUGAGCCUGAUAGCCAAAACGUUUCCAUUUCGAUAAAAAAUCAGGCUGGCAAAUUUAUAAACCUUGAUGGUCUUAGAACCGUUGAGUCCAUGGUACUGCCAAAACAAACAGUCAACGCGAUUGAACUGAAAAGAAGGUACCAAUAUUUGAGAGGCAUUGACUUGCCGAAUUAUCGUGAUGGUACUCCGAAGAUAAUAAUCGGAUUACCGCAUGCGCACCUAAUGUGCGCAUUAAGAACAAGGGCUGGCCGCUCAGGCGGACCUAUAGCUAUUCAAACCCACUUGGGAUGGGUGUUAUUAGGGGCAAAAGGUUCGCAUACUAAGCGAGCUAAAUUAUUUUCUUUAAUAGAAUCGAAGAAGAAGCAGGCAGAGGUAGAGGCUAAUAUGAAAGAUUACUUAUCAACGGAAGAAUUUGGUGUCAAAUUAGACUGCGCCCUACCAAAGUCCAAGGACGAAGAAAGAGCGCUGCAGAUCAUGAAGGAAACCUUUAGAAAAAGGGAAAAGGGCUACGAGAUAGGGCAACUGCGGAAGACGGAAGACAUAAAUUUGCCCGAAAGCUAUGGCCAAGCUUUGAGACGAUUACAAAGUUUGGAAAGAAAGCUGGCA